UCACAAACGUCCAAACUACUCACAACAAUCACAUCUACAUCUCGAAUCACCACUCCACUUCCAGAUACUUUCAACUAUAAAAGUCCUGCCUAAUUCUAGCUUCAUGUAACUUUCUCCUCACCUGGUUCAAGCCUCCAAUCUGGCAAACCUUUACCGCCAAUAUCCACAUAUUCAGAGGGCUGGGGGCAUAUCCAGCCAAUCAACAUACGAGCGCGAAGUGGCUGAGCAGAAAAGACAAGGAGGGAGUGCACACGAGCUGCAACCCGCAAGCGCAUCAGCAUCACAUCUUCCAUCAGGACCCACGAGCCAGCAGCUUAUCCACUACAUCGAAACACUUUUGGCCACGCCUAACUGCGCUAUGAGUGUUGGUUUCUGUGCCGCCAAACUCAAACAUAGACAAAGACCAUUAUCUCCCAGGUGUAGGCAUUGCUGUACCGUGGACCCCAGGAAAGGCUGUAUGGACUGCGGGUAUGGGCAUUCUUUGUUCAUCCGUUGAUAAGAACGGAGACGACGAUCCAUCUGAGAAUAAGUCUCAAAAUCAAAUCAUUUCUGAGCAUCCGCAUCGACUUCAGAUAUUACCUCGCUUUUCGCGAUCUCAGAAGCCGACGAGCAACAUGACUCCGGAACAAUACAGCCACCUCCGGGAGAAACUUGUGAAAGAAGAGAGAGACCAAGACUUUGAUGCCGAAUGUUCAAGAAAUCCCCUGGAAAUUGAGAGGAGAGCCGCUCAGAUUGUGCGGGAUAUUAGAAAAUAUGAUCGAGAGACGUCAUUUGAGAAUUCAUCACCUGAUUCUAAGGGGGGACCUCAGGCGGAGCACUUUCUAGGGAAUGUGGAGCAAAUUAACAAGUCAAAGCUGUUCAAGGUGGCGAAGAGAAUGCCCAAAGGAGCGCAUCUUCACAUACAUUUCAAUUCCUGCCUACCGGCAGAGUUUCUGAUCAAGCAGGCGAGAAAGAUUCCGGCCAUGUAUAUUCGAAGUACUUUGCCUCUGACGAAGACGGCCCCCGAGAAUUUUGAGAACUCGCGGGUUUCAUUUAUGGUGAUGACAGAACAUGCAGCGACUCAUGAAAGGCAGAAGGAUGGUAGUGAAAGAUACGUCGGUACGGGGGACAUAUUUAGCCCACGGUAUACCAGCAAUACGUGGAUGCGGUACAGCGAAUUUCAGGAUAAAUUUGAUCGGAAUCGCAAUAUUCAGAAGCCUUCAGUCCUCCCAAACGAUACAACCUGGACUGAGUACUGGUUGAUUCGGAAAAUGCAGAUAUCUGAAAAGGAAGCGCAUGGAGUGAAUCAAACAGGUCGUGGGUAAGUCAAUAUUUCCCCAAUGAGGUUUCCCAUUUUUGUCGCUCAUGAUCAGUAGUAUUUGGGAGAAAUUCAACCACCGCACUCAGAUGAUGAAAGGUCUGUUUGCAUACGAUUCUGCCUACAGAAAUUACACACGUGAAUGCAUUAGAGAUUUUGUUGCAGACAAUAUUCAAUAUGCUGAGAUUCGGCCAAAUUUCAUGGCAACGAAUACCCUGAAGUCGGAUGAUGGCAAAGAAAAUAUCGACAACGAUGGUAUCAUGGGCAUCAUUAGGGAAGAACUCCACGCGACAAUGAGAGAACUUAAAGCCAAAAGACAAUAUUUUGGGGGCAUGAAAGUUAUUUACUGUACCCCACGGUCAUUUGACAAGAAGGAAGUGAAAAGUCAACUAGAUGAUUGCAUUUCUCUGAAAAAGAAACAUGGCAACCUACUUUGCGGUAAGCUUACUGAAAUCUCAAACGAUACGAUGGGAUAACUGAUAAUGAGCCAGGUUUCGAUCUCGUUGGUCACGAGGAAAUGGGAAAUCAGCUGAGUAAUUUCAUUGCCGAAUUCCUCAGUUUUCGUCGACAGUGCGUGGAGGAGAAAUUAGACCUCCCGUUCUUAUUCCACUGUGGCGAGACUUUGGAGGUUGGCGGCGAAAUUGAUGGCAACCUGUACGAUGCGAUCCUCCUGGGCUCCAAACGGAUAGGACAUGGCUACGCUUUGGCCAGACAUCCACAUCUUAUGGAGAAGUUCAAGAAACAGGGCAUUGCUAUCGAAUCAUGUCCAAUCUCUAACGAAGUCUUGGGUCUCACUCCCAAUAUUGCGGGCCACAACCUUCCGGUAUUGCUGGCGAACAAAGUGCCUUGUACGAUUAAUAGCGAUAAUGCAACCUUUUACAGGUAGGUGAACUAGCUAGCUUUGAUAGAUAGCAGACAGAACUAACAACCGUAGAUCUUCUCUUUCUCAUGAUUUCUACCAAGUCAUGAUUGGCUCGGAAUCCAUGAGCUUAUUUGGGUGGAAACAACUUGCAAAGUGGAGCUUAGAACACAGUUGUAUGGAACCUGACCUGAAGGCUGAAGUCACGGCCAUGUGGGAGGAGAAAUGGGAGGACUUCUGCCACUGGAUUGUGGAGGAGCACGAAAACGACAAAGAGUUAAAGGCUUGGGUUCGAAAGCAAGAUGACAAGCUGUGAAGAUUUGUCUUCGGUUAGCUUCCGAAACAUCGGUCGCCAAAUCCUCGCGAGACCACCACCAAGCCAGAAGCAAAGUUAAGAAGAGUUACAGCGAGCAGUGCAUUCCGUACAUACACCAAGCCGCCGCUCAGAUCGAUGUCUUAUAUUAUUAGAGGGCAUUUCUUUCUCUCAGCGCAGGAUGGAGAGAGUCCUCGUCUACUGCAAGAUAGCUGUAGCAGGGUCUUUCCCAAUUCGGCGCUGUUUACAGUAUAGACGGGCGGUGUAUGUCCCGUGACCUCGACGACGUUGGAUAUCACGGACAACAUGGUUGGACAUCGACAUGAUCGGAUAAAAGCGGAAACCUGAGUUUCACCAGCCAUCAUCUCCAACGCGCGAGCAUAGAAUAGAGUAUCUUGUAUAUUGGCUGGAUGACAGGAUCUACAUCUACAAAGCAUUCUUGACCUCUUGGGUAUCUUUGGAAUAGGUACGAAGGAGAGUUGAGGGGACGACUGUAAUAUAAUUCAUAGUAGAGAUAAUGAUAGCCGUCGAGAGGACUUUACUUAAUUUCAUGAUGAAUUACGAGAGGAUCAACAAGACUUUAU